AUGCCGAUAGGAGUGGAUUUCUUAUUGAGUACACUCCUCUUCGAGUUUCUUCGCGGCGGACUUCUGAGAAAGCCUCAUGGAUUGAAGGUUGACCCAUAUCUAAGAGUUGGCGAAGACUUUCUUUUGUACGCUAGACCUGAAUCCAACUUAAAAGAGUAUGGUUCUGAUGCUGAUCAACGUGCUUCAAUGUCAUUUUUGGCUGAUUUGAGGACGAUAAUGAUUGAAUGUGGUCCACAUUUCAUUGAUGUUAUAGUUCAUCACCUUUCCAUAUUAACCAACAUGGACAAAAAUGACCUAGUCAAGGUACUUUCUGCUAAUUUCACUCCGGAGGAUGGGGCUUGGAGUUUAUUAAGCUCGUUUCCAUUUGUUGGAUGGGAUGUCGGUAGAUCUGUUACAAUUUCGGAAGACUCUUGCCCUUUUGCUGAGGAAAAUUUGAGCUCAUCGAGAGAUGGUGAUGCUGCCGUUGAAUCUGUGUCUACUGGUCUUCCCAGAUUGCAUCCCUCUAAUUCUGAACUGCCAUCAUUGCCACAAUACAUGAGCGUUGGGCAGCUCUUAGAAUUGGCAUUGCAUGUAGCUGGUCAAGUAUCUGUCUCAUCAGUCUCAACUUCACCACUCCCAUAUGGAACUAUGGCCAGCCAGUGUGAGACCUUCGGUAUGGGCACGAGGAAGAAGCUCUCAACCUGGCUAGUUUCUGGCCAUGAUGAAGUGCUUCAGAAUCCCUUACAAGCUCUCCAUGAGAGCAAAAAAACCACAAAUGGGAAGCAGGUAUUGCUUGGCCAAACAUGGCAGGCUCUGAGGCUUCCUCCUGCAAGUCCCUUUGACAACUUCAUGAGAGCCGCUGGAUGUUAGGUGUAAGCUUCGUCCUACUUAUCUUUACUUCUGGUUUUCCUUGUACAAAGUUGUCUUCUAAAUCUUAAGUUUGUUUUAGACAUGAAUGUCAUCUUAUAGCUCAACUUCUGGUAUUUUUUAUGCGCAAAUUUGUCUUUCAAAUCCUUAGUUGAGCUUGUUUAACCUGGUAGGUUGGAGAGGAGUUUAGAUGUUAGACUGAUGCCUUAAAUGUUUACAUUUGAUCACUUGUAGCUGGUAGAAUUAGCUGUAGUUUCAUGCA